GAUAAUCACAUGAUCAACGAAAAUGGCGACAUUGAAGCUGUGGAGGACGUCCGUAAUGACCCGGUUCAGUGUUUUAGUAUUCAGUGCUGUGUUGAGUGUGUGUCUGGCUGGCCAGGAGCUGGUGAUCACACACGCCCCGAGUUAUGUGUCAUUCCAGCAACAAGCAGAUCAACUGCACACCAGUGAGGUGCCCAAAGUCCUCGCUCACACUCUUGGUUUGAAGACAGAAUCAGACCUGGGAUGGAAGGGGAUGGUACAGGGCUCACUGUUCAAGAGGCCAAAGGCCAAUGUUCUCAUGACGAUUGUCACCCACCCUGACCAGCCUCUGCCCCUCAAGAAACUGGCCAAGUUCCCUGUCAAUGAUGAUGUGGCGUUUCCGGACGUGGAGGGAGUGAUGAACUCCUUGCAGGGCAUGUUCCUGGAGCAGAGCCCGCUCAUGCUUGAUCUACACGCAGACAACAAUAUGUUUGACUUGAAGACGGAGGAGCAGCUGUUUAGGAAGCUGCCAAAUUCCAUCCGCAAACUCAGCGACCGUCUCCUGGACUCAGACUCCAUCAUCCAUAAACUGUCGUCUGGAUCAUUGAACAUGACCGUGAACUCUGACCUGUCCUUGAUGAGUGAGAUGCAGAUGAUUGCUGACGUUAUGAAGACUAUGUCAGAGAACCCCAAGCUGGUGAAGAACAAGACGCCAGAUCUCUUCUCCUUCACCAUCUACGGUCUCCGGAACGUGGCUGAUAAACAUGGACCAAAGUCGGAACAAGCCAAGGAUGCAACCAAGAUGGUCUCAGACUUCGUAGAUCAUGUGACUGAUCACUUCAAGUCGCUGUACAAGGAUAAUGUUGUGGUGGAGGUGCUCAGUGCCGCCCCAGAGAAGGGACAUGUCCGUAAAGUCCGCAGUCUCAUGGCUACAACUCCAGCACCCAGUAAGCCAACCUCGAACAAUUUGAAUCUGGCAGAUGACUACAGUCAGGAGUACCCUGCCAUCUUCAACAUCGUCCUGUGGUUGAUGCUGGUUCUGGCCAUCGCAGUGUAUGCCAUCGUCUACGGCAUGUGGUACAUGGACCCCGGCGUGGACAGCAUCAUCUACAGGAUGACCAGUCAACGACUCAAGAAAGAUUAAAUUUCAAGUUGAUCCACCGUGUUCCUUCUGUGUCCCUGAACUUAACCAUGGUCAUAUAUAUAUUUAAUCCCUUCAAAAACAUUUUC